CGUCUGCGUCUGCCUAUGCUAUGGCUCCUGGGAGCAUUGCCUCCAGCGACAUCUCGACCUCCUCAACCUCCUUCCCCUCCACAGUGGGGGCAUCCGGAGUGUCUGGGUCUGAAGAGCCAGGCCCCAGCCGCCCCACCGUCCGCGGGCCGCGCCGCCACCCCCCCGUGCUGCGCAUGGUUCUGGAGGCGCUGCAGGCGGGAGAGCAGCGCCGGGGCACGUCCGUGGCGGCCAUCAAGGUUUACAUCCUGCAGAAGUACCCAGCGGUGGAUGUCCUCCGCCUCAAGUACCUGCUGAAGCAGGCCCUGGCCACCGGCAUGCACCGCGGCCUCCUCGUCAGGCCCACCAACUCCAGGGCCAGGGGGGCCACUGGCAGCUUCAAAUUGGUUCCCAAGCAUAAAAGGAAAGUCCAACCCAGGAAGACAUCCACCAUGACAGCCCCCAGGAAGCCCAGUGAGGCCAAGGAGAAGGUCCCCAAGAAACCAAGGGAGGCAAAGAAGGACCCUCCCAACCCAGGCGAGGUGAAAAGGGGACCCAGGAAGCCACGAGAAGUGAGGACGGCUCCUCCCAAACCAGGUGCAGCCAAGGAGAAGGCUCCCAAGAAAGGCAGCCAGACCAAAGACCAAGAGACAAGAGUGAAUGAGGCCAGGAAGGCCUCCCGACAGCCAGACAAGGCCACACGCGCCCCUCCCAGUGCUACCGGACCCAGUGGGAAGUCAAAGGUCAAAGUCAGAAGGAAGAGCCAAGGUGGUGAGGCCCACAGGAAGACAAAAGCUGGGAGUCGGAGUGCAAAAUCCACGGUCCCUAAGGGCAAGAAUGGUGCUGCUUCUCCAGCCAAAAAGAAGGAAAACCAUGUCCCUAAAGAGUUCGUUGCCUAUGCAGCCAAGAAGGGGCCCAAAGCCAAGGCGGCUGCUCCUGCCAGGGGUGGCGGGUCUAAGACGGUGCCUGAACCCCUGGCCAGGAAGACAGAGGCCCCCAAGGGCCCGAAGAAGCCAGGCAUGCCCACCAAAGCCUCAUCGUCCAAACUGGCCAGUAGGAAGGCGGAGGCUGGAAGCUAGAGCUGGGGUGGAGACACGGAGAUCCUGCCCAAGUUUUUAUUCCCCAACAAACCAUCACUCUAUUUAUUUCUUUGUAACCUAUUUAUCA